AUGCAACUGAUACUUUGUCUGUUAUUGUACCCUUCAGUCACUUUAUUAUUUGCUGUUUUUAUCGAAUUAUUAAUCAGUUUAUGCGAUGAAUUUCUAACAAAUACAAAUCGGGAAAUAUCCAAUGAAAGGAUUCGUUCAGAUGCUACUGUAGAGAUUAAACCAUGUCUUUCUUCACGUCUUGCAAUGGAGAAAGAUGGAUCUCGUUUUUUUGCUGUAGUUAUUGAUGCUGGAUCAACGGGAACGCGCAUCCAUAUUUUUGAAUUUAGUCAUGGUAUCAGCGAAAAUGCAUCACAUUUUUACAUAAAAAAUGGAACGAUGAAAGAGAUUAAGCCUGGACUGUCAAGUUAUGCAGCGAAGCCGGAGGAUGCUAUAGAUGGUAUAAAAAUUUUGCUCAAUUUGGCUAGGAAUACUAUCCCUCAAAAUCUUUGGAAGUAUACUCCAAUUACUUUAAAAGCUACUGCUGGUUUAAGAUUGUUGCAGGAUCAUCAGGCAAAUGCUUUGCUCAAUCAAGUAAAAACGUUUAUAGUGGGUAGUGGUUUCUUUUAUGGUGAUGAUUCUAUAGGAAUAAUAAGUGGAACUGAUGAAGGAAUAUUCUCCUGGUUUACCAUAAAUAUGCUCUCCGGUCAAAUGGGAAAUUUUAAAGAAACAUCGGAAGACGAUUGUGAAAAUUCGGUAUAUAAGUCUUCUAUGACGGGGAAAAAUCAGUUUUCGGCUGCCACGUUAGAUCUCGGUGGCGGCUCUACACAGAUAACUUUCCUUCCAACUGAUUUAUAUGAAACAUUUGUGAAUGUUGAUCGGGAGUUGUUUUCGCACAAAUUAGAUAUUUUUGGAAAUUUACUCAAUCUUUAUACACACAGUUAUCUGGGCAACGGCUUAGUAGCAUCACGUUUGGGGACGAUUCAGCGUUCACCAUUGUCGACGAAAAAUUUAUUGGUCACUUCUUGCCUUCCAGAAAAGUUAUUAGUUAAAGAUCGAGAUUAUACUGGUUUACACUGGUCCAUAAAAGGAUCAUCAUCAUAUUCCUUCAAAAACUGCUUAUUAUCAGUUAUGGAGUAUAUCAGUUUUACUGAAGUCAAGAAAGCAUAUGAACUUAAUAAACAUAAGAUAUACGUAACAGGAUAUUUUUAUGAUCGUGGAAUGGAAGCAAAGCUCGCUGUGGAAUCUAUAAAUGGUAGUGGUGGUAUUUCUUCAGUUGAUGGUUUUAAGAAGGCUGCGGUCGAAGCUUGUUCGCGAACUACUCGUGAAAUCGCCCGCAGUUACUGGAGGCCUUGGGAAUGUUUUGAUUUAACAUACAUUUACGGCCUUCUUAAGUAUGGAUAUGGAUUGGAUGACAAAAAGGAGAUACAUCUUGUAAAACGCUUAAAAGGCAUUGAAACUUCUUGGGCUCUCGAUGCAUCUUAUCAUCUACUUCACUCUUAUCAUCAGAAUAUAUUCAGUUCGAGAGAGUCGCUUGAAAAUAUGAAUGCUUUUGUAUUCUUAUCUUCUUGGGAAGCCGGUUGA